CAAACUGGAGCGGUCUGUCAAAUCUCACUCGGGUUUUUGGAACAUCUAGGAACCAUUUGUCCUCUAACCUGUGCGGCACUUCAAUCUAUCGGUGUCAUCCUCCAUGAUGAAAAGCCUACCGCUGAGGUGGUUAUGCGGGGUUGUGCGAGCAAUUCCAAGUUCGUCCACCGUUGCUUUGAGCAUGCACAAAUGGAGGAAAUCAAGGUUCAUGUAAAAGAUUUCGAGUGGUGUCAAACGAGCGCUCAGAUGUUCGAUGAGACUGUCCUGGAACCGGAGCUCGACGGCGCUAUCACGGUCUCGGAACCCCAACCCGAUGGCAAGCCCAAACCGAAGAAGAAAUACGACGUGAAAAUGUCGACGGUGCCACUCUUCGCUCACGAACGGAUUCCGAACAAUCGCCUGUUUCGAACGUUUACUGUAACAAGGCAUGGGGCGGUAGUCGACACCGAGAAUCACGCCUGGCUGGGAGAGCCACUCCAACACUUAGCGCAGCAGGAGUAUGUCGAAACGUGGGGAGACGUCUAG